AUGGUGAAGACUGUGUUCUUUGGAGAGUUUGAGUGCUUUGGGCCUGGAGCCAACUACACAAACAGAGUCUCGUAUGGGAAGCAACUGAGCCAGGCUGAAGCAGCACCUUAUAUGGAUAUUUCAUACAUUAAUGGACAACAAUGGCUUCCUCCUCGUCCAAGACAAAAAACAAUUGACACACAGACUUCAUCCAGACCUAUUAGCAUCUAA